CACGUGACCUUGGCUCCUCCGCUACGUCCGGUUUCCGGUUCCGGUCUUCUUCCUUUCCGCCUGCACGCGCUCUGUGGUGAACACGCGCUAGUCCGUUACUCUCCGCCAAGAUGCGUUACGUAGCUGCUUACCUUUUGGCCGCUCUCGGGGGUAAAGAGAACCCCACCGGCAGUGACAUCAAGAAGAUCCUGGAGAGCGUCGGCAUCGAGGCUGAUGAUACCCGCAUGGAGAAGGUCGUGUCAGAGCUCAGCGGCAAAUCAGUUGAGGAUGUGAUCGCUCAAGGUUACAGUAAAUUGGCCAGCGUGCCAGCUGGUGGCGCUGUUGCGGUGUCGGCGUCUGGUGCUUCCUCUGCUGGCGCUGCAGCUCCUGCAGCUGCAGCUGAGGAGAAGAAGGAGGAGAAGAAAGAGGAGUCUGAAGAAUCCGAUGAUGACAUGGGAUUCGGACUUUUCGACUAAACCCUGUAAUCAGGACCAAAAUAAAGUGUUUGUUAAAAAAGAAAAGAAA